AAUGUGGAGAAUUGUAUAUAAUUUGAGUUGCUGUUGUGGGAAAUAAUUGUGAUUUGUAUUUGAGGAAAUUACUGUUUGUAUCAUGGCUUGUCUGUCAGGUUUGUUGGGCUCUGGCUCAGAAGCCUCUAGCUCAGAGGCAGCAACCUCAGCAGAUGAUUGGGCAAAAGCCAUGGGGCAAAUCUUGGAGAAAUGUGUGCUAUCCCAUGCUAUGGCAAGCUCCUAUUGUAACUUAAGAUUAUUCCAUGGGGAAGAGGAGUUUGAACCCUGGCUGGAACACACCACUGAAAUCCUAGAGCAGUGGGCUGUCCCAGACGGAGAAAAACGAAGAUGUUUAGUAGACAGUCUCCGGGGCCCAGCUUUAGAUGUGAUUCGCACCUUGAAGCUCACUAACCCUGAGGUCAGUGUAAAGGACUGCCUAGAGGCCCUCACUCGCACCUUUGGGAGCAUGGAGGGUCCUGAAGACAGUUUUUGUAACUUUCUCAAUGCUAAGCAGCACCGGGGAGAGAAGGUCUCAGCCUAUGUACAGGGGUUGGAGAGGCUGCUGCAGAGAGCUGUCAUUAGGGGAGCCGUGACUGCUGAGCAGAUGGACCAGACCAGAUUGGCUCAAAUUGUAAGAGGAACUGCAUAUUACAGCCCGAUUCUACUAUGCCUCCGGCUAAGAGAACAACAGGAACACCCCCCUACAUACUCCCAACUGAUAAAGGAGGUCGAGAGGAGGAAGAAAGGCAAGCUUCCAGUGGGCUUUGGGAGGCCCAGAUGUUGAAGCCAACCAGCGCUGCACCCCGACAAACAGCCGGCGUGCUGGUCGUGAACACCAGAGGAGACAUUGCCCAGCAAGUUCAGGUCCUGACAGAACGGAUUGCUGAGUUGCAGAGAGCCAUUGGCCAAGCAAGGAUUUGCAGGGAUGAAGAACCUCAGGCUGUGGUGAUGGAGAAGUCAGCGCCUGGAGCUGCCAUCUCACCCAGCCGAAACAGGAAAGGAACAUUCUUCUGCUACCAGUGUGGUCAAGAUGGGCACAGGGCUGCACGUUGCCAAAAUGAGGAAAACCCCAGUUUAGUUUAUGGAAAGCUGAGAAUCAGUCACGAGACGGUCGGGGGACAGGGACAACCCAGGCCCCCAGGAUUUGACAGAUUCCCCAGAAAAGACCACUCAUCUAGGAUCCCUUCAGGACUGAUAGGGCCUCGAGCAGAGGUCACCGUAAGGAUUGAAGGGGCAGAGUGCAAAGCAGGGCUUGAUACCGGAUCGCAGGUGACAAUUAUAUUCCAGUCAUUCUACCAACAGAUGCUCAGGCACCUGCCUAUCCAGCCAUUGACUGGCCUUGGCCUGUGUGGUCUCAGCAUGAAUGAAUAUCCCUACAAAAGGUAUGUCAUAGUGCAUUUGGAAUUCCCUGAGGCGGUGGCAGGGGUAAGAGAAGAGGUGGACACAGUAGCCUUGAUAUGCCCCAACCCUAAAGGGGUCCCUGAUGUGUCGGUGCUGAUAGGGACCAACUCCAGUCUCUUCAAGGUGCUCGCAGAAUACUGCAGACGACGGGCCUGAGGGGGCACCAAAGCCGAGUGAGCAGAGUAGUUAAAAAGGUGCGGUAGGUACUGAUAGUGCGUGGACACUGGCAUCCCAAUGUACUGAUCCC